AUUGCCAGAGUAUACAGUUGCCUUGCCGUAGGCGUAGAAGACAGUGAACACGGAAGACAGUUCCGGGUUUAUUAUUCACAGACAGCAGUCGUUAUCAUUCUGUAGUUAGUCACAUAUCAUUUCAGAAAACGAUGUCACUUUUAAUGGAUAACCAAUUUGGAGAACUUCCAGUCGACAAAUCAGUGGAUACAAAGUUCUUUCUGGAGUCAGUGGCAUAUCUUCCGCCUUUUUUUGACUGCCUGGGGUCAAAAGUAUUUGUUCCUAUCAAAUCAGACAUCAGUGGCAAUAUAACAAAAAUCAGAAGUGUGUAUGACAAGGACCCUGCCAAGUAUGCAACACUACAGCAGAUGGUGGAGUCAGAGAAGGAGGCAUACGGCACAGAGUGGCCCAAAGUGGGAGCUACCUUGGCCCUGAUGUGGCUGAAGAGAGGCCUCCGUUUCAUCCAGGUCCUGCUGCAGAGCUUGGCAGACGGAGAGAAAGACGAGAACAACCCUAACCUCAUCCGUGUCAACAUCACCAAAGCCUACGACCAGGCCCUAAAGAAAUACCACGGCUGGCUAGUGCAGAAGAUAUUUAAGGCGGCGUUGCUUGCAGCACCCUAUAAGUCAGACUUUAUAAAGGCCCUGUCAAAAGGUCAAGAGGUCAGAGAGGAGGACUGCAUGGCUAGUGUACGCCAGUUCCUCAUCAACUACACGGCCACAGUGGAUGCAAUCUAUGAGAUGUAUACAACGCUGAAUGCAGAGCUGGACUAUAGUGUUUGAUGUCCGCCAUACUGGACCACAGCAGCAUCCUGCAUGUUAUUUUCUUUCAGUCUUCUAUUUUUCAUCCUUUCUCUCAGGUUAUGGAACAUUCCAGCUUAUGAGAAUUGAGGACUUUAUUUCAAAGACGCUGUUUUUAUUCGUAUCACCAUUUGUAUUAUUAAUUUCAUGUCCCUCCUUUUAAGUCCCUACCUACUGAAUGUUGACAGUUUGGCCCCAGGUGAGUUGCUAUUGGAUGGAAAGUGGCAUAUUCCGUGUUGAGUCUUUUAUAAAUUCAAGAAAUGUAAAAAUUGCAGGAAUGGUACAGGUCUAGCACAACUCUUGUUGCGUAAGCCUAUUAAGCGGUCUGCUGCAGUUACACAUGAUCCACCAUCAGGUAAGAGACAUUUAGAAGUGAUACCCAGAGAGCUGGUCAGUGUUAUUCUAGUACUGUAUCUCUCUGUGGGAGGGAAGAGUGUUUCUGCUGAUGAUACAAGACUCAUGAAAUCCCUACUGUAACUCUGCCCUGAAACGUGAGAUAGUACCCUCACUGCCCUGUAGCUAGGGGAAGUUAACUACCCCGUGCCUUUAGAGAUUGUAACCAGCAUUAGUGGUUUUAAUGCUUAGUGCUGUCUAUUGUGUGAUGUUUUGUUUGUGGCUUCUGCAUGUUUGUUUGAACAACUGAAUCUUUAGUUGAGUAGAGUUGCACUUCCUUCAUGUCUUUUUGAAAUACAUAUUUUCAAUCCAUUCAAUUUUUUUGACACAUUUUGCAUUUCACAUUUUAGCCAUUUAGCAGAUGCUCUUAUCCAGAGGGACUAACAGUUAGUGUAUUAAUCUUAAGGUAGCUAAGAGCGACAACUGCAUCUCACAGUCAUAGUAAGCAAAAAAUAAAUAGUAGCUAUCCUCAAAUGCAGUGCUAGACAAUGUCAAACAGUAUUUGGCACAUACAUGUACAUGUCAGUUUCAUUCACUAUUGGGGUGUUGUACUUCAUGUGAUUUUGAAAGCUUGCUGUAAUAGCAACAUUUUAUUUUACUUCAGAAAGUGUAUUGUUUCUGAAAUAGUACUGUAUUUCCUAAUUGUUGGUUGUUCUAUAGUGCUGGUGAAUCAAAAGAACAACAUUUAUUGGCUCAAAUCAGUUCAAA